AUGCGCGAAGCAGACACUGGGGCCGUAUCGGGCCUGCAGGCCGUGUCCGGAGAAGCACUUAACCCUGUGGCCAAUGCGUCGCGUCUGAAGUCACAUUCUACGACAAUUCUCCGUCUGGAUUUCUGGCAAAUGGGCAUCGAUACAUUGGUAUUCAGAAUCAGCUUUGAGUUCAAUGGAGCAAGGCCAAAAUCCACAUUCCUAAUCUUUUCGGUCUUGCACGACCGCCACCCAGCCAACCGAUUAUUGUUGACAAUUUCUAUCUUCCAAGGACCACGCGGUCCACCGGUGCCAAGGACAUCUGCCUCUUUUUCACGUUUUCAGGUCCAACGUUCGCCAACACUGGGGACCGAACCAGCGACAACUGCCUGUACGAGUUUUAAUCGAAGGACCUGUAUCAAUAAGCUAUAA